AUGAUUGCCGCUGUUUGCUUCUGCAUAACCUCACUCUCCGACACAUCAUGCGCCUGAAUCCUGCCGACCAUUCUCUAUAGCUGCGCAUCUUCUCCGUGUAGCGCAACCUGCACAACACCAUGGCUCCCAAGCGCGGCCAGAGCAUCGAACCGACGCCGGAACGAGAUGAAUUCAUGAAGAAACUGGCCGCCUACCACGAAGCACGAGGAACCACUCUCGAGACCGAGCCCAGGAUCGGUCCACGACGCGUCGACCUAUUCAACUUGUAUACGCGCGUUGUCGGCGAGGGCGGCUACGAUCUCUGUUCAGACACCAAGGCCAAACCGUUGAUGUGGCGACGAUUUGCGGAGGAGUUCAUCGGCAAGAACCAGUAUACCGCAGCGCAGGCAUUCCAGAUCAAAAACGUCUACUACAAAAACCUAUGUGCAUACGAGAUCAGCACCCAUUGGGGUCAAGAGCCGCCCCCCAAGCAGAUCCUGGAGGACGUAACGGCGAAAGGAGGCAAUGUGAUGACGCGCACUUUGGACAACUAUGAGAGGCCGAAGCCGCGAGAAGAAACGACGCUCAACGGCGAGACGAGCGAUGGCAGUCCUGAGCAUCGCACGCCAAAGGAGGUCAAGUCAGAGCUUGUCGAGGAGCCGGGCAGCGCGACUGGGCGCACUACGAGAGGACUGAGACAGCAGCCACCGCAGCGCGUUCUUUUCCAGCCUGAUGCCAGUGCAGUUCGGCAGGCUCGUGCGCAUCCACACCCGCCUGGCGCGUCGCCGACACCUGGAGCCACCGUGAACGGCGUCACUCAUUCAUCCUCGGCUACUAACGGCGCGUCUUCCACAUUGGCAUCGUAUGAACCACCACAGGCAUAUCCCCUUUCGCUCAAGCCUGUGAAUACCCCAGCCAACAACCCCGAUCACUAUCGCAAUGAGCGGAAGCGCAAACUGGACGCGAGAGCCGGGCCCCUUGCUAAGAAGUAUAAGAAUAUCAUGCUACCAGGGACCGGAUUCAUUGGGCCGAACAUAUAUGUGCGUGCGCAGCUCGCUCUGCAGAGUGGCAUGCCAGAAGAGGAACAAUACGCGCUCCAUCAUCUUGUUAAGAUCAGCCAUGAGCGUGGCGACAAAUACCGAUUCGAUCAAUUCCCGGGAUUGGCAGAAGCACUCAUCAAGAAAACCCUCCAGGUGACGAGCCUCUUCUACGACAUUGAUUGGGAUGUCAUGUACGACGAGGAGUUCUUCGCUGGUGACGACGAGACACUCAAUGGUCUGGAUGGGACGCCGGAUAUUCUGCAGAAGCUCAGAUCGCGACUUCCCAUCGUGUCUGAAGACACCGUGGUCGACUCUCAAUUCUGCACCUCGAUGAGUCGCGUCACUGAGGCCGGUCUCGUUCUCCGCAAUAUGAGCCUACAGGAUGAAAAUGCAGCUUAUCUCUCACGCCUUCCGCUCGCGCAAGACCUCAUCGCAGUCGUGUUAAACCUGCCUGAACAUGCAAGUGUGUCGGAACUGCGGCACCACAUACUUGACCUGAGCGAGCAGGUCCUCAAGUACGUAGAUGUCAGCCCGUACAGUGCCGUUUAUCAGGGUCUGCUACGACACACAUUGGGGUGUGAUCGGGGAGCAAUCGCUACUGCGCUGCGAUCCAUCAGCAGAAUAGCCAUGACACAUCCGUCACCCAAGCGCCUAGAGGACAUUCCUGUGUCGCUGUUGCGCCGCAUUGUGGACUACUUGCAUCUGGAAGACGAAGAGCUUCGUUCUGCUUGCUUGGACCUUCUAGGCCAAUACACGUCAUUCGGAGACAAUGUGGAAACACUUGUACGAGUGGCAGAUGUGGAAGCCCUCGGGCGCUCGCUGAGUCGACUUGUGUUGUUUACGGCCAGAGAGUACACGGAAUCACGACCACCCCGGCACCGAGAGAUCGACGACAGUGUUGCCCCAGUGCCCCGACUAUCAAAGGCACUCGUACAUGAACUUUUGACGCUAGAAGAGCCCGAGAGAUCGUCCGAAUGGCUUCGAAUGUGCUUCUUGUCUGAUCCGAACGCAGAGAUGACGCAAAUAUCCUUAUGGCAGGCAUACCAAGGAACUUUUGCGCCACAUCAAGCGACGCAUCCGCAUCUCAUUGCUGGAGACUUCAUCAAGAACGUCAGCAAUACUUUUCAGGGCGCCACAGCUCAGGUGGCCGGUUCCAACAAAUAUGUGAUCAAAGGCAUCAAGUCGAGAAAAGCUCCUGUCGAUACCGGCAUGCUUGCUGGCUCUACAGCUGCUGACAAGGACAAGGAGCUCAUACGCUGUCAUUGGAGGAUGUCUUAUCCAGUCGAAGGUGUCCGGGAUGCCAUUACCGGGCUUGUCUCAGCUCCAACCACUCGUGAGAUUGAAUGUGCCGAGUGGUUCAGAACGGGCCAGCAGAUCCACGAGCACAUACUAGCCAGUCAUCUGCAGAUUCCCAAGAAAUUGAGCUCGGCAGAGGCGGACAAGAUGGAUGUAGACAUAGUGCCUGCACGCUCGACUCCCGUAUCCGUGAAUGGACUUACCAACGGGGAUGCAGAACACUCCUGGACAGCCUCUUUCGACUUCAGCAAUACGGAUCGGGCUAUUUACAGAUGUAAAUGGUCGGAUUGCACGCAUACGUGCACUGCUCCUGAAAGAAGCAAAGUCUCCAGCGCAUGGGUCUUUGCGAGACACAUGGAGACUCAUUUGCCAGAGACGGACCCGUCCAGACUGAGACAUAACCUACCACCGGGCGGCGGCACAAAUACAAGUGGCGAUAUCACGAGAAUCUCGAUGCUCGAAGACGAGGAUGGAGAUGCUGCUGGUGUUCCGCUUCGAGCAGCCUUGGUAUUACGGAACCUGGCUCGGUUCAUGCCAAAGGCCGUUUUGCCUAUUGGUAAUCGAGCAACGAAGGCUGGAAAGAAGACCCAACAUGACCUCAUGAGCGCUGUCUUUUCCAGCGAAGUGAACGAAAGGUUAUUGUAUGCGAUGUCUCACGGCCAUGGCAUCAAAGACUACGUUGGCGCGAUAUUUCGAGCAGUCAAGGCGAACAGCACCUGAAAUAUUCCUCCCUGGCCUCACCAUGGCUAGGAUACACACUGUUGCAAGGUCAAACAUCCUCUUACUGGCUGUUGCCUAGUCUCUUUGUGCCUUCGCCAGCCGCAUGAUUCGUGACCAGACACUGCGUCUGACGAGACUCCAAAUGCCCUCAGCCACAGCAUAGAGGAAGGUCGGGUGCCAAAGAAGAACGCACGUGCAUGAGAAGCAAGCUGUAAAUGCCACCCAGUAUGUGGUCAAGCUAUACUCCACGUGGCCGAGCGGUACGGAGAAGUAGCCUGUCAUGCUGUAGCAUGUCAACAGAGCACACGAACACGAAGAGGUAGUGGCAGGGCUUACAAAGAUACAGGCAGGAAGAGAAUCGUAGCCUUUGUCAGGAGCAACGCAGCUCUUGUAAGUCGUUCGACGUGUAGAGACUGUUGGUAGGCUACCAGGGAAAGAUUCUGCCAGCCCGCAUCAGCCUCAUGAGUCAUGUCAUCUACGUGAAUGUAGUCCAAAGAAGUGGGAAUGAAGAAGCUACUUGCCAUCGCGAGCAAACUUUCUUUCUGUUUCAUAUACUCCUCCACUUCCUUCAAUGCAUAGAGGUCUAUCAAAUCUCUCAAUCUUCGAAACCUGACGAGUGCUGCCCAAGAGAGGCUGACUCCAGAGGUGCUCUCAUCUUCUCGAAGCAAGGACUCAUCAUUCAUUGGCGGUCUGACCGUCGCUGUGGAUCCGCUGUCGUCGAAUCCCGCCACUUGACUAUUUUGCAGGCUUGCUAACGUGUGCUCUUGAGGUUCGAGCAAUCGAUCGAUAAUUCGUAAAUACGCGUCAUAAUGUCUUCGUAGGACCCCGAGUUCGUUUCCAAUUCGGUCAAGACGAUCGACGUGCUUGAGAGUGGGUUGCUCCACCAUGGAUUUUCGCAAGUUGGCGAGCUCGACUCCAUAUCUGUUUCCUUUUCUCGUCACCAUGGUGUACGAGUUUUUGAAAUUUUCAAACAAGUACUGGCGCAUGGUCAAUCAGCAUGGCAGUAUGCUAUUUCAGCAGAGGGGAUCGACGCACAUAAUACAGAAGCCCGGGGGCGUCGGACCUGCGAUGAGCAUCUGGGGAGGAACCAAGGCGGGUGCGAAUGGGCAAUAAUGUCAAUGGGUCGAGCAGUGGCUCCUGAACUGCGCUCAGGGAGCGAAAAAUGUAUAUCGGAUUGCGGCGGGUCUCGAUGAGGAUUCUUUGUUGCAAAGCCGUGUAUGCUCCUGCCGUGUCUGGAAAGGGGUCUUCGGUAAUGGAGAUGACGGUAUGGUCCGUCGUAAUGAUUAACCACGUCCAGACUCUCGUGCAAUGCGGAAGACGGGAUGUUUCCAGGUGAGCUUCGACACCGCCAUCUGACGUAUUAUCGUUGAAUGUUGCUCCGUGCGUCCCAUAGAGGGAAUUGAAACCUGCACAUACAUAUCUUCGACCCAUGUCGAUCGACGCGUAGUGCCAGAUAUCCGCUGCAAUCUUGAAGUGGUUGCCUUCCGUCAUACUGCCUCCGCUUGAGGAAGAUGAAUGUACCGAGAGCUCGUCUACAUCGCUGCUGCCAGAGCUAUUGACCUCGAGCGACGCUGCUUUUCGGCGCAAAUGUGGGAUCGUGUGGACGGACCUGUUUAUGUUCGUUCUUGGUUCAUCAUGGUGAGACUGCUUAGGGUCAGAGCACAUCAAUGCUAGAAGGCGGGGAGAGAAGUCAUAAUGCUGCGCGAGCACUUCGAGCAGCUUUUUCUGCUUGGUGGGGAACCAUAUAUUAAGCCAUCGCGUUCUCAGGCAUUCUGGUCUUUCGGCUUUCAUCAAUGCCGCGACGCCACCUGAAUCGAUGUCAAUGCCAGUCCAAGCGGUCUCGUCGCUGAAGUCCAAAACAAAGUUCUUGGUGGCAUUCGAGCGGACGGAUUGGACGAGUUGUUCCAGGCUCGAUGGUUCGUCCAGGCAAUAGAAACUGUGUUGCACAUUGAUAUCUUCCACGGACGCGUAAUACUCCUGUGCCCUU